AUGUCCCUCGCCGCGGCGUCGGCGAGACGCCAUGUGCGAUGGCAGGCGAUGCUGCUGCAGUCGCAGCUGAUCGCCCAGCGAUCGAUCCUUCGCAGACCAGCACUGAACCGAUCACAACCGUUCGUCACCUCCCUCGAUCGCGCACACGUUCACCCAAUGCACGGUGCCCCUCUCCUCCCUCCCAAGCCCCCCAUUUCCCCGUCACCCCCCCCGCCCCACGCACCCCUCGCCUCGCAAGUCGCGCUAUCCUCGUUACAAGGUCACUCGCCGGCAGCACGCGACAUCGCCCUGUUUAAGAGUCGCAGACUAAGCAUCUCAGCUGCAAACGUGUUCCCGGCGGCACUUGCCGGCCAGGCGAUGCCGGACCGUCAGGCGCUACCAGCUAGCCGGCAAGUCGCGUGGCGUGCCUCUACCGCGCUUGCCAGUCCCACCAUGGCUGCCUUCUCCCCGCAUUGUGUCUGUCACAGCCAUUGCUGCCCUGCUCUCUCACUCCUCCCUCAUCUCAUCACCCCAAAACCGCCAGAUGUUCCCAACCCCCGUCUUCCUUCCCUCCCCCUGCCCCAUUCCCGCAUUCCUUCGGUCCUCCCACGUAUCCCAUCCCCUUACCCUCCCCCAGCGGUGAGGGAGUUGAAGCCGGUGGGCAAGGCGGCCAUAGGCGGCCCCUUCACACUUGUGGACGGCCAAGGGAAGCCAUUCACAGAGGCUGAUCUCAAGGGGCGGUGGGCGCUGCUCUACUUCGGCUUCACCUUCUGCCCGGACAUCUGCCCCAGCGAGCUCAUCAAGAUUGCUCAGGCUGUUGAUCUAGUGGAGAAGCAGGUGGGAGUGAGGGUGGUGCCCGUGUUCAUCUCAGUGGACCCUGAGCGAGACACCGCAGAGCAGGUCAAGGAGUAUGUCAAAGAGUUCCACCCGAGAAUGAUCGGCCUCACAGGCACACCAGAACAGGUGAAGGCAGCAGCACGGGCGUUCAGAGUGUAUUACAUGAAGACAGAGGAGGAGGGAUACGACUACCUCGUCGACCACUCCAUCAUCUCAUAUCUGAUGAGUCCAGAGUUUGAGUUUGUCAAGUUCUUUGGCCGCAACCACACACCAGAGGGGUUGGCAGACGGCAUAGCUGGGGAGAUCAAGGGGCAUGGCAAGUAG